AGUUUACCUGCACAUUUGAAUAGGUGAGGAUCGGUGAUAAGUGAUAUGGUUUUCAAACAUACAUGUGCGGCGAAUAUUUAUAAAUAAAUAUGAAAAAUUCAAAGAAUUAAAUUUAUUUCGAAAAAUCUUCGAGUGUGUUGAUUGUGUACAAGUUGGCAUUGUGUGUGUGAUAAUAGUUGGGUGUAAGAAAUUUCGUUUAUCUCACAGUGUCUGAUAACAGUGCAACGUUCAGAUUACUUCAAAGAUAACCUACUAAACCUACAGUAGGCCUACUAGAAACAUAGCUGAAACCAGUUUGCAGAAUGACGCAGUAGUGUAUAAGAAGGACAACAGUUUAUGUGAGAAAAAAAGUGACUUGAACUGUUGAUAAUGUGACACAAAUUCCAAGUAAACUAGUAGUAAUUGAAAGGACUUUUUACCUUCAAUGAUAUUAAUUUAUGGACAAAUUUAGUUGUGUUUGCCAUCAUAAAAAUAAGUUUCAUCUUGAAACAUUUGAGAUAAUAUACUGAACUGAGUUCCAGAAUGAGUGAAAGUGUUCAAUAGAUUUGAAAAAUAUCUGAAGGGUCCUACGUGAACAUUAUCAUCUGCAAUAAUCAAUUUCGAUUGUUCAAAUAUAACAUUGUAUUCGUCCUACAUGAAUAUCAUAUAAUUCAAUAAUCUAUUUGGGUUGUCUAUGUGCAUUCUAAAAACUUUCAGAUAUCGCGAAUCAUUCAUUGGGCAUUAGGAAGUGAAUGUGACAAUUUGAUUCCACAUUAGAAUCAAGGAGUAUUUAAACAGCCAGACCAAGUUUCAUCAACAUAGCCAAAGAGUUAAUUCUUCAUUUACUGUGAAGAGAGUCACUGAAUCUUCAAAUUACCAACAAGUGAACAAUUUAAGUACUGUUUCAAGUGAUCAAUUCAUCUAUCAUGGAUAAUUUAUUAUAGAAACGUGAAACAAUGCAUAUUGCAGUGUGAAAUCGCCACUUUUGUGUGAUGUGUCAACAUUUGUACAAGGCAUAUCCAAAAGAUACCAAGCCAUGAAUUCAAAUUCGCUGACUGAAGCAUCAUUACCGCGAGUGGUACCACGCGUGCGCCAAGACCGGCCAGCGAGUGUCUACGACAAUCUAAGAGGCAGUGGAGCGACAACCAAUGGCGGCAGUGCAGCCAUGAUGGGGACUCCUCCUGUUCUCCACAAUCAUCCCCUUAAUGGCGGCGCAACAGAUGACGUCACCGAAACGUUUCCCACGCAGACGCAUUGCUUGCGGACGACUGUGCCGCAGAACAUUGCUGCCACUGCAAUCGCCGGCAGACAUGCGCCGACCAGGAACUCUCUGCGACAUUCGCGCAUGAUUGUGCUCAAUCGAUCAUCUUCAAAAGUACAAAGAAAGUACCAUCCACAUGUGAUGCGUCACCACAGACUGGGUCGCGCUUUGGCCGCGCUGCAGGCUCUGAUUGGCGGGGCGGUCACCACGCUGGCCCUCUGGCUCAUCAUAUGGACACCACGGCUGCCCACCAGAGACGUGCCUUACUGGAGCGGAUUACCGCUCCUCUUGUCUGGAAUUCUGGGACUUGUACUACUCUCUUGUUGCAGAAAAGACUAUCCAGGCAAACCGUAUUCUUGUCAUACAUUCAUUUUCAAAACAAUAAGCGUGGUAGUGUCGAUAGCGGCGGGUGGAACGUGUUUCUGUGCGGGCGCGUUCGCCGCGCUCCAUCUGGUGUUCCUGUCGCGCGCCGCUUGCGAACCGAUGAACGUGCUCAAUGCGACGUGUGUGUGCCGCGCGCGAGCCGCGCCCGACACCGAGAACGUCCUUGACAUCACCGCCAAGGUCACGCGCUACCAGGACCUCAACUGUCCCGAGGUCGAGAACAUUCUCACGGUGCUGCUGAUGGGCUCAGCGGCUGCUAACCUCCUGGGAGGAGUCCUAGUCGCCUGGUACGUCUACCUGCACUGGAGUAGUCGCUAUGCCUACAUCUAUUCGCAGGUCAAAACUGGAGAUGAUAAACCUAUCAUCAUAACAAAUAAAGUGUGACGAGUUGUCCAAGUGAAAAAAAAACUUAUGAAUUACCUACCUUAAUGCCUUACUUUGUGCAGACUGAACAAUCAUUAUAACAAAUAAAGUUCGAUUACAUCUCACAUCUUACAUUUUUAAGAGUUGAAAAAACUGUAGAAUUAAUGCCUACAUUUAUUCCUAUUUGAAGACUGGCGAUAAUGAGCUAAUCAUCUUAGCUAAAAAGUAGUUGUGAGAAUAUGUGGAAGAAAGUGAAAAGAAACAUAAUGAAUUUGUGACAUGAAAAAGUGUAUUUAUUCUCAAUUGCAGACUCAUAGAUGUUACAUUAAAAAUGAAAAACCUACUAGAUAUUUUAUAAUUUAGUACAAACAAAUAAGUAACAAUAUAAUGUGGGAGAAAGUGAAAUAAUCAAUGAAUUUGUAACACAAAAAUGUGUAUUAUUCUCAAGUGAAGGCUAGCGACGGUAAAAGCCAAUCAUUAAUAUUACAAAUGAACUGUGAUGAGUUCUGCAAGAAAGUGAAAAAUAACAAAUGAAUUAAUGUAUUCAUUAAUUCCAUUCCAAGUACGAUAAGUCAAUCAUUAUAACAAGUUCAGUGUGCUGAGCUCUCUUCAACAAAUUUUCUUAAACCUUUCAAAGAAGAAAAGAACAUUGAAAAUUACAAUGUGAUGUAUUUUACUUUUAAAUAUUUGAAAUAGAAGUAUCACUCCAAUAAACUGUAUAAAGUUUUUUUAAACUAAUACCGUAAUGAUUAAUUCUUGUUUUGUGAAAUAUUUUUCAUUUAUAACUUAGUUCUAUUAGUAGAGUGAAUCCUCUUUAAAAUUGUACGAUACAUAUUGAGCUGCUUUGUGAACACAGUCAUUCACAUUAUUAUGAUUUGGAUCAGUGAAUAACCAGAUAACAUCGAGCAGAAAUUAAUUAUUACAGUAGACUAUGAAUAUUUCAACUGAAUAUGAACUCAACCACUAUAACCUAAAACAACUGAUACCAAGCAUGAUUGUCCCUCUUGCUAUAUCAUGAAUCAGAUCGCAGUAUAUAAUGUACCGGUAUGUUAUGGUACCUAUUUACCAGAUAUUUUUCAAGUGUAGAACCUUCUUUUAUAUUAGAACCUUAUUACCUAUAUUUUUGUAGGCAAUACAAAAUUUGGUUUCUUCAAUCUAGGAUAGGUGUACUAGUUAAUUUAUUAGAAGAAUUUCGAGUACUGUACCGGUAGCCUUGAACAGUACAUAAAAAAUAAGAAACCUACCAGAUAUUCUAUACUUUAGUGUAUAAUAUAGAUUGUAUAUUUUUGUAACAUGAUGUGACUAAUUAAUAGAAACUUAUCAAUAACGACUGUAAGGCUUGGCAAUCACAUAUUUGAAAGCUCAUAGAAUUAAAUUCCAAAAUUUCCCAAGGACAGUAUAGUCCAUGAGGGAGUUUUGAAUAAUUCAAAAUAAUAAAUAUUAUAAUAAUUAGUAUAAUAAUAAUUAUUAUUAUUAGUACCAAUAUGAUUUUCAUUAUUGUGAGUUGUGAGACAUUGACUAGAUUCUAUCAGAGAUAUAGUUCUUUUGUAAUGAUUUGUUCUUUAUAUGUAAAUAGUAAUAAUUGUAGCUUUAUGUUUAUUAAAUUAUCAAGAGCGUUCAAUGUGUUAGAAAUUAGGGCAACUGAUGAAACCAAGUACAAUCAGCAAUAAAAUUAUUGUAAUAAAGAGUAAUCAUACCCAAAGCGAUUCUCAAUCAUUGAGAGCCAUUCCUAUUCACAAAUAGGGCCUAUAGCUUAAAAUCAAAAUAGCUUAAAAUUCCUAUUUUAAAAAUUACUAGAUCACUAGAUAAUAAUAGUGGUACAGUAGUUGAGAAAUUUAUAUUAAUAAUUUUUGUUUUUAAACUAAGCAUACUAAUUUCUCAAAUAGGUCUGAAAAUUAUUAUUUUGUCUUGAUACAUAACUGAUAACUUGGAUAAUCUGUUGGAAUGAUAAUCAAUAAUACUUAAUCCAUUGGAAUUCCAGUUCACGUACAGUUCAACAAUUCUUCUUUUUUUUGUUGACUUCAAGGAAUUUUUUGUUUUCCAAUAGAAUUGAACUUUAGAAAAAAAUUGACAGAUGUGCCACAAAAUCCAUACAUAUAUACCUAUAUCACAGAAUAAAUACAGAUGUAUGUAGGCAUAUUCUAAUUUCCAAUAGGCUAUCAGGAAUGUAACUAGCAUUUAUGAUUUAUGUUUUUAUGCCGAUAUCUAAAUUACCAGUGAGUUGAGCCAUUACCAUCAUGAACUAUGUAAGUGGCAUUCAAACUAGUUCUUUAUUGUGAUUAAGGUAUAAUAUAUUAUGGGUUAAAUGUGAUGGUUGAGCAACGAUCAUUCCUGAAUUCAAAAUUCAUUAGAGACCAAAAACUGAUCUUUCGACUACUUUUGACAAUUGGAAAUAUAAUUUCAAUCUUUUCUGAGAAACUUUCUCGCUUUCACAACCAACUCAAUUCAAUUAAAUUUCUUUAUUCCAAUAUAAAAACAAUGUACAAUAUAGAAUAGAAUAAUUAUGGAAUAAUUAUUUCCCCGCAUGGACAGUUGAUCCGUGCGCGAGGAAAGAGUACCCAAUCUAUACAGGAAACACUUGUGUAAAAACUACAGUCAAUAAUUUAUAUUAAUUCAAGUUUAGCCUAUAGAAAAAAUAGUUAAAUCCUGUAUGAAUAUAUAAAUACAAACUGUAUCAACGACGAUUCACACAGCACAAGUACCCGACUCAGAAUACUUCAUCUUCUGGUGAGCUAUCUGAACUAUCGAUUUAUCAUCUUUUGAAAAAAAAACAAGUUUUUAGCAUGUUGAAAAUUUAAUGUUUUCUUCUAAAAAUGUCUCGAAAGAAGAACUAUAGGUCGAUAAAAAAGAUCCAGGCACCAAUAGAAAGGCGACAUUCUCCCCGGUCCCUGUUUCUUUGAUGUAAAAUUCUCACUUAUUACGACACUCCAUGAUCCUGAGAAGUUAUAUUCAAAAGAUUGAAUCAUAGUUCCAUGCUGAAAAUAGGCUUAUUAAACAACUGAAAAAAUUCUCAAUAGAAUAUUCUUUUAUUGCGGAUGAAGCCGAUAAGAAAGUUUUGCUUAUGCGUGGGUAAUUUGAUGAUCAAACGUCCAUACCUACCGGCAGGAUUCGAACCCAUGACCAGGUGGCACUAGCAGACUGAAUGGUGCAAUGCCUAACACCUCAAGUCGUCUGGACUAACCUGGCCGGCACAAUUAUUAAAAAUAUAUACAAAAUAUAAAAGAGUCUCAUACAAAGCCUCAUACAAUAUGUAGCAUAUUUAUAAUUCUAAAUUUUUAUAAAGUUUUUUGAAAAUUCAAAAACAUUUUGGCUUUAACGGGAUUUGAGCCAACAAGCAACCUUAAAUUCCAGAAUUUUAUGUUGUAUCUUACUACGGAGUUUCCAAUUAUUGUGCUUGAUGAUCUGAUAGGGCUUUUCUCUCAAGUAGCAUAUCUAUGACAAAUACAAGAAAUUUGGAAAUAGAAUUUGAAUUAAUUCAGAAUCUUAAAGAAAAAUUUGAUCAGUUCGUUAUUUACGGUUAAACAGCUAAUCAAGUAGUAUCGGUAAUUCAGAUUUGAUGAAAACAACAUAUAUCCAUAUCUUUCUUGUACUAACUUAAAUCCAAAGCUGUCUCCAUAUUAUAUAGUAGGUAAAGAUAAUACACUACAGAUAAGUGACUCAAAUAUUUGUUAGUACGUAUGUUAAAAAAAUGUGGAGUCGCUUUUAUUAUGGAGAGAUUCAACAAAAUAUAAAUAUAAAAUUUAUUGUAUUCCUUUAUUUCAUAGUUUUUAAAUAAGAAUGUUACAUCAAACCGGAAUUAAAUUUAGUGUAAGAGUGUUGUGAUACAGUGUUUGAAGAAGUAUUUUUGUAUUUAAUUAUACUCAACAAAAA